AAAAGCGAGAUGCAUCAACGUCAGUCAGCAUACGCUUUCCCUUCACGCGUGCGAUCUUGCCUUUUUUGUUUUUCAUUAUUAAUUUUCUUUUCUGCAGUGCUAUUCUGGAUCACCUUCACCAUCUCUUCAGUAUACACUAGAAACUUGUAUUGGCUCUUGAAUUUAUAAUUUCAUUUGUGAAAUUGCAUUGAAAUCCUUGUAGAUGGCGUCAUCUUCACUAAUCUAUGAAACCGGGGCAUGGAAGGAUUUGAAGGCACAUGUUGAGGACAUUGAGAAGAUCCAUUUGCGUGAUUUGAUGUCUGACACCGUGCGAUGCAAGUCUAUGAUCAUCGAUUUUGAUGGAGUUUUGUUGGACUAUUCAAGGCAACGUGCCAAUUUUGACACCUUGAAUAAGCUCCACAAUUUAGCAAAGGCAGCUCAUCUCAAAGAAAAGAUUAACGGGAUGUUCAAUGGAGAGCGGAUAAAUAGUACAGAAAACAGGUCUGUCCUUCACAUUGCACUCCGUGCUCCACGGGAUUCAGUUAUAAAUAGUGAUGGGAAGAAUGUGGUCCCAGAUGUUUGGCAAGUCCUAGAUAAGAUCCGAGAUUUUUCUGAGAGGGUUCGCAGUGGUGCCUGGGUCGGAGCCACUGGAAAAGUGUUGAAAGAUGUAAUUGCUAUAGGAAUUGGUGGAAGUUUCUUAGGACCUCUGUUUGUGCAUACGGCACUUCAAAAAGAUCCAGAAGCUAUUGAAUUUGCACGUGGUCGUCAACUGCGUUUCCUUGCAAAUGUAGACCCAAUUGAUGUUGCAAGAAAUAUUGCAGGCUUGAAUCCUGAAACCACUCUAGUUGUGGUGGUUUCGAAAACUUUCACUACAGCUGAGACCAUGUUAAAUGCUAGGACACUGAGGGAAUGGAUAUCAGCUGCCUUGGGGCCUCAAGCAGUAGCAAAGCAUAUGGUUGCUGUCAGUACUAAUCUCACGCUUGUGGAGAAGUUUGGCAUUGAUCCAAAUAAUGCUUUUGCAUUCUGGGACUGGGUGGGAGGUCGCUAUAGUGUUUGCAGUGCUGUUGGAGUACUGCCUCUUUCCCUGCAAUAUGGGUUUUCAGUCGUGGAGAAGUUCCUAAAGGGAGCUUCAAGUAUUGAUCAACAUUUCUAUUCUGCACCUUUUGAGAAGAAUUUACCAGUGCUAUUAGGUUUGUUGAGUAUUUGGAACGUGUCAUUCCUCGGAUAUCCUGCAAGAGCCAUUUUACCUUAUUCUCAAGCACUGGAGAAAUUUGCACCCCAUAUUCAGCAGGUUAGUAUGGAGAGUAAUGGAAAAGGGGUAUCAAUUGAUGGCGUGCCUCUUCCCUAUGAGACAGGGGAAAUUGAUUUUGGUGAACCAGGAACAAAUGGCCAACACAGCUUUUACCAAUUAAUUCACCAGGGACGUGUCAUACCUUGUGAUUUUAUUGGUGUGGUUAAGAGCCAGCAACCUGUUUACCUGAAAGGUGAAAUGGUUAGUAACCAUGAUGAACUAAUGUCAAACUUCUUUGCACAACCAGAUGCCCUUGCUUAUGGGAAGGUAGGAAUUUUUUAUGUUGAAUUGCCAAGUCCUUUCUCUGGGUUAUAUCUGUCUCUGUUCUCAAAACCGGAUAGGACCGAACUGGAAAAACCGGGAACUGGUUCGGUUAUGACCUAAAACCAUUUUCUUACU